CUAUCAACAACAUUAGUAAUGUGAUUUUGUCUUCAAUAAAAUAUUGACGAUAUUAGAUAAAGUAAAGAAUGUAAUAAAAUAGUUUUGGAAAAACUUUCAUCAAGAUAAUCGAUCGUUAAUUAUGUGUUGUUUACAUUGAAACAAAUUAACGCAAACCCAGGCAAAACUUCGUGUCAAGUAUAGUGGAAAUUCUAACCUCAAAGUCAAAAUAUUUUUCACGAUAAAUAAACUCGAGAGUAUUACGCUAAUAAAAAUUUGAAUGAUAUUGAAAAAUACCCGGUUGCCUGCGUAACGAGAAUGAUGUCUGACGAAUCCGAUUACGAAAUGGAGACGGAGGAGUACGAUGUCUACAAGCGAAAAUAUCAACUCCUACUCGAAAGAUGCGAAAUCUUACAACAGGACAAUGAAAGACUCGUAUAUCGAAUUCAGAAAGUGAGGAAACUUUUGAGGCGGACCCGAAAAGAAAAAAAAUUUUUAAUCGGUCGAUUAGAUCAGCACGGAGAUAAAUGGCGCGAAGCGCCAAUGGGGGUCUUGGAAGAGAAUAGCGUCUUUCAAGCGACACCUAAGCAAGAGAAAGGCUCGAAAUCUACCGCCAAUCAUCAGAAGGAAGAUAAACCAAAGAAAGCGACGAAGCGAAAGGGAGCCAAGGCAGAUCCAAAUGCUCCAAAAAGACCUGCUAAUCCGUUCUUCCAGUUCUGUCAAGAACAACGACCAAGAGUCAUGGAAAGACUAGCCGGGGAACCAGAACCUAGUAAACAAGAACUUACCAGACAAUUGGCGACAACCUGGAAAUCGCUCACUUCAGAGGACAAAAAGGUUUACUACGACAUGUAUGAGCGUUCGAAAGAAAAGUACGUCGCGGAAAUGCAAAUUUAUAAUAAGAAGUCCGAGGACGCACCACCUCAAAUGCCGUUGAAUAUAACUUGAGAAUAUUCAUUUUUUUUUUUUAAACACAUAAAAUCUAAUCUUUAGGCAAUUCUAUUUCUAGAUAAAAUAUUAAAUUUUGCGACCCCUUGUAUUAUAUUCCAAGUAUUCAACUGUACAGAUAGCAUAAGAUUUGUUUUAAUGUUUAAUAUAAAAUUGACA